UAGACUCGCAGCUGACAGAGAUAGACAAGAGAGAGGAGGGAGAGAUAGCAGGGGAGGGAUGGAGAAAAGGAGACAUCUUUAAGAACCGGUUCCUGCGGCCCUUUAGCGCUGAGUGGACUGUAACUGGGGUGAGUGGCCUGGGGAGCUGGGGUUUGACUUUCUGUUAGCUGAGCGUAAUACGGUCAUGUAAAAAAAAAAAAAAAUAAAAAAAUAAAAUAAAAAGACAGACAAAACAAAAAGAAAAGAGAAACUUCACUUUUGGUUGCUCUCACUGUGCAUCGGCGUCAUAUCAAAGCGCUUGAUGGCUGUUACGCAGGCCGUGCUCCCUUCCUUCAGCUCCUUCUCCAACCUCGCUCACUCCUGUGACAAUAUGAAAGUGUGGAAGUCUGAGGGUGGUUCUCUCCCUCUGGACUCUCUAAGCAACAAACUGUCACCAAGCAGCUCUGAGCAGCUGCAGGUCUCUCAACAAAUGACAGGGGAGCUCCUGGACGAUGACAGCCAGGCGUCCUGGGACAUUGAGUUGCUGCUGUCUGAUUGGAGCAGCCCAUCGCCUGACCUCAACCCCUCUCUGGACAUCAAUGAUCAACGGCUCCUGCAGUUAGACCCAAACAGAGUGUACCAAGAGGCGGCCAUGUUUAAGGACCAACUAGGACAGGAGCAUCUGCAGAUGAACAGUGGCGGCCUCAUGGCAGAGCUCCUGUCCCCUGCUGAAACCACGACAUCGAUCCAGCCCGAGCUGUACCACCAUGGUUAUAAUGACGACCAGACAGGUCUGACUUCGUUUCCCAGUCUGCUUAAUGUAGAUCAGUUUGGCUUUCCCCAAGAAGGCAGUGUGGAGAGGCACAGCAGAGGAACCGUCAGUAAAGUCUCGUCAUGUGACUUUAACCCUUACUAUCCCCUGCAACACCCCUCCACGGUGACCUUCCCUGACAGCAGGUUCAUACCACCUCAAGCUGUGACCCCUGACCCUCGACACUACAGCUACGUGCCACACUUUAAUCACAACGCCAACCUUUUCUGUGACUACGCCCACAGCCAGUCCACUGGUCAUCUGCCCCUUCACCAGCAGUCCCUGCUAGUCGGACCGCAGCUGCCCCCUGGUGGGGUGGAGGGGAAGCGUGGUCGAAGGCCUACAGGGAAAAGGCGGCCCGCCAUCCACAGCUGUGAAUACCCUGGCUGCAGCAAGACCUACACCAAGAGCUCACACCUCAAGGCUCACCUCCGCACCCACACAGGGGAAAAGCCUUACCACUGUUCAUGGGAGGGCUGCAGCUGGAAAUUUGCCCGCUCAGAUGAGCUGACGCGUCACUACCGCAAGCACACGGGCCAAAAACCCUACGAGUGUCUGCUGUGUCAGAGGGCCUUCUCCCGCUCUGACCACCUGGCUCUGCACAUGAAAAGACACACCUGAUGCUCACACCCACAUACACACACACACACACACACACACACACACACACACACACACAGAAAGCACUGCCAUUUAAACAAAGAAAUUAAAAGGUAGAAGACUUAUGAUGACUUGAAUAUUCUUUGAAGUUUAAAUCAACUCUAAUUCUGACCCAAAUCAGUUCACUGAACAGUCGAAUUUGGGACUCACCUACUCAGUGACCUCACAUACUAACUGAACAUGUUCCCAGUAUUAACUUGAAAUCUGUGCUUGAUUAUCAGGCUGGUUAACAAUACAGGCCCACAGGUAGACUUAGGCCGCAUGAAAACUGACAACACAACCAGUGUUGUUUGAUUUGCUUGUCUGUUUUUGGAUUACUUCAAAAGACAAACAAGACAAAUCUAAUUCAUAAGCCUUCAACAUAUGAAAUUCAGUCAAGACCACUUUAGUCAAAGAAAACUUUUAUUUGAUCUGUAGUAAGUUAGAUUUGGCGGUAUGGUUCUGUUCUCUUCCACGUGAGAGCAGCAGCAAGACCCCCCCCAAUUCAAUUCUCCCAAAUAUCUCUUUUUUAAAAAGAUAUUAUUGUUAUCCACUGCUUAAAGAGUGACCAUCAGGUAAUGACUGCUUAACCAAUAACAUUUAAAAGAGUACUCCACUGAUUUAGCGUUGCACUCCUAUAACAUCGUCGGACUCACGAUUGACAGUGUAAAAAUCAAUGCAGCAGAACCAUAGAUAUUGUGGCAUGGCGCCUACAUUACCCACAAUGCAACGUGAAUGCUGCCAGUUCUGUUGGAGAUUCAGGUGUGUUAUGCUAGUAGCAGCUAAUGUAGCCUUGAGCCGCUAGCCUCGAGCAGUGAUGAGGAGCGGGCUCCAGAGGUCUGGUAAGCUCAGCUCUUUCUAACUCAGCUCCCUCUACAGACAUAAAAUGCUUUAUACAGUAUGCAGUAGAACACCUGAAGACCCGUAAACACACUGCGAUGUCUAAAAUCGGCACACUUCCCUUUUAAUGUGACAGACUAGGUUCCAGUUCAGAUUACGUGAACUGAACCUGAUAACUUGGACAUCAUUAAUACAUAACCUUGGUUAAUCAGACUUCCACAGUGAGGUGUUGGAACUUGACUAAGAUGUUAGAGUGGGUUAUUCUAGCUUUGACUAAGCCUAACACAGACACACACACAGGCACACACAUUUAUUCUUUGAGGACCAUCCUCGGUGUAACACCUUUCCUGUCCUUAACUUUAACCAUCACAGCAACAUGCCUGACCUUAAUCCUCACCCUAAAGUUACUCCUAAACCUAGACCUAAAA